UCUGAUAUCCUACAUUAUGUCUACGCUUGUUUUCAAUUUAAGUUAUAUUAGUUCUUAAACAAAGAAUGCGCAUGUUUGUGUUUCCCAUUAUUACUUGUGAUUAAGGGACUCCACGUCUAGUCUGUAGGGUGCAAUGAUAAACGUCUGUCUGUCAAAGAUGUUUGAUUGUUUGGGCGUACGUUUUGUUUGAGGCGUUAUCUACCUAACUAUUGGUUUGUUUUAGCCCACUAAGUGGAACACAUGCGUACGUUGCCAGGUGAUGCGGCCUCGCGUCCUCUCAUCGAUUAAACAUUCGCAAAAUUUGCAUUGGAUAACUCUGGCUAAACUUGGGCUGGAAUAAGGAAGGGCUUACGAAUGCGUGCCUGGGAGACACAAUAAUUAAAAAGCUAUUUAGAAAGGGGCAGGUGAUUGGCCCCAGGAGUGCGAGUGAGGAGAGAGGUGUGGCUGCUCCCCGCCGACGGGGUAACUCCAAAAAUGAGCACGACACCAAAAUGGUACUGCCGCAACAAAUCGCAGCCAAUGCACACGUUCGCGGAAAUUGGUAAUCUGGGCCUGGAGCUGAGGCGUAUUACCAAGCGGAUUGUGAUCGAUGUUAAUUCUUCUAUAUUUAGCGAGCAUGAUACCAUUUUGGAGGAGUGUGAGCAUGUGGUGGAGCUCUACUGGAGUCUAAAGGACGAAACGAAAAAUUCAGACUUUCAGUCGCUCUCGAAGAAGAUCAAACGCAGUCCCUAUAAUGCGCUGCUAAUGCGAAAAUUCAAUCUGAUCAUGGAGCUGAACGACAGACGCUUCUGCCAGUUGACUUUUGUGCUCAAGCGAACGCUGUGCCUGUUGCUGCGCAAGUCGAUGCAGUCAGAGAUGUGGCUUAAUUGGGCACUGCAUAUAACCCAGCUCUAUAACAAAUGCCGCAAUGUGAAUACGCAGCUGCAGCUGCAGCCGCAGCCGGAGCAGGAUGCUCAGACGGAGGAGGACAACGAGCCAAACAUCAGUGGCAAGUGCAAGGAGGAGAUGCAUGCCAAUGUGUGCAGCAACAUGUAUCCAGCUCUGUUGAUGUCUCUCAGGAACAUCGACUUCGCCUUUGUGCUACAGUAUGUGGCACAAACGCGUGUGGAGCAGAACGCGCUGGAUUUAGUCUUUGGGUUGUUCAACAUGGGUGAGCAGGAUGCCUGGCGAGAGCAUCAGCAGCACAACAACGAGUCCACGUCCUCCAGCCUGGAGAUAUUGCGCACAUUGAAUAUAUCCUUUGCUGCCGGCGACUAUCAGCCUUACUGUGAUCCUGCGCAGGAUUAUAAAUCCAUGCAUCUGGCUGGGACGAGUGACCCAGCGCCUGAAGAUAAUCAGAGUUUGCGCUGCAAGCACACCGAGAGUUUUCUACAGAAGGAGCGCAUCUUUAUAGCCCAACUGAUAGCCAAAGCAACGGAAAUUUGUCCGACUAUAUUUGAAAGCCGAAAGCCAGGUGAUGUGGAUAUGAAUGUUUAUAUUUUGCGUGGAUUGCGUUUGCUGUGGUCUUAUGUGGGCAUCAUAUUGGAUCACAUACUGCUCUGGUGGAUUGACACGCCCAUGUCCUGCUAUAAUCUCACCCAUAUUGAUUCCAUACGCUGCUGGCUUUAUCAUCAGAACAUUAAUGAUAUCCCCGAACCGGUUUAUUCCACAUUACGUGGCAUUGGUGAAAUCCUCACCGGUUUUAUGUGUAAUAAUAUUUGGGAUCAGCUCUUUCGUUUGGCUCUCAUCUCAUCGAGUAACCCACAGCGUUUGGUUCAGCAAGUCGUCGAGCAGUAUCGUGAUUUUCCCAGGAAUGAACAAGGCACACCUACGGGCACGGUAUGGAUCAGUGUCUUUUCGAACUUGGUCAAUCUGAGUAAUCAGUAUUUCGCCAAUACGGAGGCGCACAAUAAUUCCAGUCUAUUGCCGGUCGCUGAGCAAAUACCCAUACUACAUAGGCUGGAUCACUCGGUGCACUCGAUGCGUCUGUGGGUCACCGAGCAGGCAAAGCUGCUGUGCUGCGAGUGGAAAAUGGAUCGCUUUUUUCAAAUACUGGAGCACGAUGUGAAGCAAUGCCUGAACGUCUUCAACACCUUUAAACUGCCCAAACUCACUGCCGAUUUGAGCGAUAUACUCAUGCUAGUGUGCGUCGCGCUGCGCACAAAGCUGAUCACUGAGACCACAAAUAAUAUAGAUUUGCUUAAGAAAACUACCGAUGAAUGUGUUCAGAUAUUGUCCGCGGUCUGCCGCAUACUCAGUUUGGCCAAUUUUACGCUGUGCUUUCCCGCGGCUAGCCAUUGGCAGCGCAGCGUCUACAACGGGGAGGACAAGAGCUUGUAUGUUGGGUAUGUGCUGGAUCAGAUCUUUUUGCCCAGCAUACGCGCCACCAAGGAUAUAGUCAUACUCAAGCUCAUAUUGAAGCUCAUCUGUGAGGCAUGGCUGGACUUUAUUUACCAGAAGCGCAUACGCUUCAGUGUGAAUGGGGCUCUGCGUCUCCUGAACGACUUUGAUGAUGUGCGCGAGUGGAUCCUUAGCUGCACUCUGCUGGACGAGCAGCAGCUGGACAAGCUGAGCAACCAUGAAGUGCUGCGCAUGUGCAAGGGCGUUGGUAAGAUACUUUUGCGCAAGCCAGAAGAUAUCAUUUCCAUUACGCAGUCGCCACGGUUCGACAAGAAGACACCAGAUGCCAGUGCCCAGGACACACAGCUGCCAUCUGAAAUGUUUGUCUCCAACCAGAAGCAUUGGCUACAGUUGCGCGCAAAUGCCGGCAAUGGAUUUCCCCUGCUGAAGCUCUGCUGUGGCGAUGACAUGUUGUAAGCCGCAUAGUUAGUAAAGAAUAGAAAUGUUUAUUGUGUCGCGAAAAUGCUUUACAAAAAAUUGAAAGAUCUAAGUACAUGUGUGUAUAAAGUAAGGCUUGCCUAUGAUAAUGGUCUUUAAAAAUCUAUUGCUGCUCCUAGGCGGGCACCUUGCGGCUGAUUAUCUUUAUCAGCUCGUCGACGCGUUCGCUUUUGCCAGCAAAUUGUUUUGGAUGCGGUCCAAUCAUUUGAAUAAUCAUCUGUACGUCCGGAGAUACCUAAGAUGAGAGAAAUGACACGAGUUGACAGCUGUCAGCUGAAAUGUUAUACGAAUGUGGGUCAAUACCUCGAGGAAACGUGCCAGCGCCUUCAGCGUGCGAAAGAUUUGAUCUUCGUUGGGACUGCUUUGGAAGAACUGCAGUAUGGCCAUUGCCAGCUCCACAGCGACAUCAUCGAAUACCUAUUCAAUAAACAUUUGCUCAGAUAUAUACUAAA